AUGAGACUGAAGAGAAAUGAUCCCGGUGGAGGCACACCGCGCUUCCCCACGGCGCUGCUCCUGAAGGCCCAGAGGUCCUUGACGUUUUCGGAGAAUGAGUACGGUCAACCCGCCACCCAGGCGCCGGUGACCCCAGGUGUCACCUUCCUGCCGAUGUACACAGUUACGCCGCCGACGCUCAAAGAUACAGCGUUGUUAUCGGCUACCGUCACGCACCUGUUCCUCUCUGGUGAGCCAGGAUAUCCCGGGGAGGAUGGACUGCCGGGAACUCUGGGAUAUCCAGGAAAUGAAGGUCAUCCUGGACCUCCAGGGGAAAAGGGGAACAUGGGUUUUCCAGGGCUUACUGGACCUAAAGGCUCAAGGGGGCCCACUGGGAAACCUGGAUUCUAUGGACCACCAGGACUGCCAGGUAUACCUGGACAUGAAGGACCAAGGGGGCCUCCAGGUAUCCCAGGAUGCAAUGGAACAAAGGGUGACCCAGGUUUUCUAGGACGACAAGGGCCGCCUGGACGUUUUGGAUACCCAGGUCUGCCAGGCGUACCUGGGGUUAAGGGAGAGACAUUUUUCUUCGUAGAUGUGAUUCCAGUGAAAGGAAACCGUGGGCCACCGGGUAUAACCGGAGCCACAGGUAAGCCGGGAUUUCCAGGGUUGGAUGGUGAACCGGGACUAAUUGGACCUCAAGGAUUUGAGGGUCCAGCAGGUUUUCCAGGACUUCCAGGAGAGAAGGGUCAAGAGGGACGAAGUUCUGGAAUACUGGGUCCCGAAGGUCAAAAGGGUGACAGAGGUCCUCCUGGUCCCCCUGGACAGAAAGGCACUAAAUUAUAUGCAUCCGGCCCAAGAGAGGCAAAGGGUGAUCCUGGAGAUGUUGGAGAACAAGGAUCCCCUGGAGCAAAUGGUGACCCAGGACCUUUUGGUUUCAAAGGGGAGAAAGGACAGAGAGGAGAUCCUGGUGGCCUGGGGAAACCGGGGAAGGAGGGAUCACGAGGAGACUUUGGUCGAGAGGGCAUCAAAGGAGACGUAGGUUUUCCGGGCCCUCCAGGAACUGCUGGAUCUCUGGGCUUGCCAGGCGACCCAGGUCCCCCUGGUCCACCAGGAGACGUUUUCCUGGUUUUCCUGGGGAGCCUGGUAAACCAGGCUCAGCUUUUGAAGGACUUCCUGGGAGGGUUGGUGCUCCUGGACCCAUUGGUCCUAAGGGGGAAAAAGGUGAUCAGCCACCUAUUAUUGCUGGCCCGCCGGGGCCAGACGGGUUACCAGGGUUCCCAGGCCCACGAGGUGAUCCCGGGCCUAAGGGAAGAGAAGGGUCCUCCUGGACCCCCAGGAUUUCCCGGGCUUCCGGGCCCUAAAGGUGACAAAGGCCAAAAAUCAGGACCUGGAUGCCAAGGAGAAUCAGGACCAAUGGGGUUUCCAGGGCAGGCGGGACUUAGUGGACUUCCUGGCAGACGUGGACUCCCAGGGCCGAGAGGACCGCCUGGACCUAAGGGCAAUCCUGGACGUCUGGGUCAGAAGGGUGAGCGUGGAUUUUCAGGGGUAGGUGGUCUGCCAGGAGAACCUGGACUAAAAGGAAGCAUGGGUCGCCCUGAGGUCGGUCCCUCUGGCCCCCGCGGACAGAAGGGAGAGGCAGGGGUGGAGGGACUGCGAGGAAGACCAGGAGAUCCAGGUCCUAAAGGGGAGGCAGGUUCUGUAUACACGACUCCGGGAGAUCCAGGACCUCCUGGAAACAGAGGGACAAUGGGUGCCCCCGGAUACCCAGGUGAAACUGGUAAAGCAGGCCCUACUGGGGUACCAGGUUACCCUGGCCCCCCAGGAGAGAAAGGGCUGUCCAUACUGGGCCAACCUGGAGAGCCUGGACCUAAAGGUGAAAAGGGCUCACCUGGACAAAAAGGACGGAAAAGUUUUGGAGCCAAAGGAAGACCUGGACCAUCAGGGCCACCCGGGCUACCAGGGCCCAAGGGCCACCAGGCUGGCCUGGUUCGACCGGUGAGGACGGUUCAGUCGGACCAGCAGGAGUGUCUGGGCCAGCUGGGCCACCUGGACAGGAAGGGAAACCAGGGAGCAAUGGGGCACCAGGAAUCAGAGGACCAUGUGGUGCUCCUGGAGAACCUGGUCUGCUGGGACCCACUGGAAACACAGGAUUUGAUGGAAAACCUGGUCCACCCGGGCCAGUUGGACAGAAAGGCCGGCAGGGACAAGGGGGCAUACCAGGGCGUCCAGGUCCACGAGGGGACACGGGGCCCGGUGGAAGACCUGGACCACGUGGGCCGGGUGGAUUUCCUGGACCAAAAGGAGCAACUGGACCUAAAGGGUAUAGCCGGUGAGAGAGGGCCUCAAGGAGAUGCAGGACCUCCUGGACCUCCUGGGCCUAACCUUGAAAUCACAGAUGUAGGUCUCCCAGGAGACCCUGGAUUUCCAGGUCUACCAGGCAUACCCGGUCCCAAAGGGGACGUCGGGCUGAAGGGUGUCUCAGGAAACCCUGGGAAAACUGGGGCAUCAGGAUGUCCCGGACCUAAAGGUGCUCCUGGUGAACCUGGUGGGAGUGGGUGUCCAGGAAGUCCUGGUUACCGUGGAGAUCCUGGAGCCCCAGGAGAUAUGGGCGUGCCAGGUGAAAAAGGUGUUAAAGGGAGUGCAGGUGAACGAGGACUGUCUGGGACGCCUGGUGCCCCAGGUCCAAAUGGACUCAAAGGACAGAAGGGAGAACCCAGCCCCCCGGGACCGGGACCUCCAGGACGUCCCGGGCAAAAGGGUGAGCCGGGGAGGUCCGGUGAAAAAGGAAUAAAGGGCGAGAAAGGUUUGAGAGGCCCGUGUGGUGAUCCCGGCCCUAGAGGCUGCACUGGGCCUCCAGGAAGCGACGGGUUUCCGGGAGACAGAGGACCUCCUGGGCUACCUGGAGAGAAGGGGUCUGAUGGGUGUCCGGGCCCCCCAGGUCGUCCAGGGCCUAAUGGUUGUCCAGGCAGCGGAGGUUUACCUGGCGACCCAGGUCCUCAGGGACCCAGAGGAAACCAGGGUAAAGAUGGCAUCCCAGGCCCACCCGGAGCAAGAGGAGAUAUAGGACUUCCAGGGAUAGGAUUCCCCGGUGUGACAGGCGAGAAAGGACUACCAGGUCAGAAAGGGAACAUGGGUCCCCCAGGUCCUUUCGGGGAUCCCGGUACGAUUGGCGACAGAGGUGAUACAGGGCCCAAGGGUCCGCCGGGACCACUGGGUUCGUUCGGGGGCCCGGGCCAAGACGGCAUGUGUUUCGACGGCGUGAAAGGGGAGCGAGGGCCUGCUGGCUUCACUGGACUUCCGGGGCCGAAGGGGCCAUGUGGGCGUAAAGGACCCCCAGGGCCUGGCGUGCGUGGGGAUAAGGGGAACGCUGGAUUCCCAGGCCGGAGAGGUGCACAGGGGGAACGUGGAGACGCCGGCCCCAAUGGAGAACCUGGUUACAAUGGACCCCCAGGACUGCGGGGUCAGAAGGGUGAGAUGGGACCAGAGGGUGACCCUGGACCAUGUGGUAUGACAGGGAAUCCUGGAAUAUCUGGUCCUGUGGGUCUACCUGGAAUUCAAGGCUUCCCCGGCAGUCCGGUGAGUCAUAGAGUAGCUGAGUUGCAUGUGUCUGAGAUGGGUGGUGGUGGAGCACUGAUUCAGAGUCACAGACUUCAUAGAUUUGUCCUGUCUCAGGUCCACCCGGUCCGGACUAUAUUGAAACUUCGAGAAACCCACCCAGAACUCAAGGCUCACCUGGAGGCCCCGGACAGGCAGGCCAGCCUGGUUAUCCUGGGUCACAGGGUUCCGCUGGACCGAGAGGGUCCAAAGGGUUUAAAAGGUCAGCCCGGAAGGAUGGGAUUUCAGGGACCAAAAGGUGUGAGGGGGGAGCAAGGGUUGCCUGGACUGCAAGGCUUUAUUGGAGCAGAAGGACAAAAAGGUAGAAAAGGUGUACCAGGAACUGGUGGGGGUGUGACAGGCUUCAUUUUCACCAAACACAGUCAAAAACAGGAGGUCUCCCGCUGCCCUGGAGAUACCAGUCUCAUCUACCAAGGGUACUCAUUACUGUCCAUUCAAGGCAACAAAAGAGGCCAUGGACAGGACCUGGGUACCAUGGGAAGCUGCCUACCACGAUUCUCCUCCAUGCCAUUCCUCUUCUGCAACACAGACGACACCUGUCGCUAUGCCUCCCGAAACGACUACUCCUAUUGGCUGUCCACGGACACGCCCACGCCCGGUGAUAUGCUUGCAAUCCCUGCCGAAUCCCUUCAGAGAUACAUCAGCAGGUGUUCAGUGUGUGAGGCCAAAGCUAAUGUAAUUGCUGUUCACAGUCAGACUAACCUGAUUCCAGAGUGUCCCGUUGGUUGGCGGUCACUGUGGCGUGGCUUCUCUUUCGUCAUGCAAACGGGAGCAGGCGCCGAGGGGUCGGGGCAGCCGCUUGCCUCCCCUGGCUCGUGCCUGGAGGAGUUCCGGAAAAUUCCUUUCAUAGAGUGUAACGGCCAAGGUUCCUGUAACUACUACACUGACUCUUUCAGCUACUGGCUCGCGUCGCUCUCACCUGAAGCCAUGUUCAGUAAACCAGCUCCUUCUUCAUUCAAGGACAACAGUUUGAACUCCAUAGGCCGCUGCCAAGUCUGCAUGAAACAAACACCCUAA